CUGGGAGCGUCCACCCGCCCUCCACCAGUAUGGCAACAUCCUCCCAGUACCGCCAGCUGCUGAGUGACUACGGGCCGCCGUCUCUCGGCUACACCCAGGGAACAGGGAACAGCCAGGUACCCCAGAGCAAAUAUGCCGAACUGCUGGCCAUCAUCGAGGAGUUGGGGAAAGAGAUUAGACCCACUUACGCGGGGAGCAAGAGUGCCAUGGAGAGACUAAAACGAGGCAUCAUUCACGCCAGAGGACUGGUUCGAGAGUGCUUGGCCGAAACGGAACGGAACGCCCGAUCCUAGCUGCCUAGCCAGGCGGAAGGUUUACCAUCUUCGUCCAAGACCAGAAGUUACAGCUCAUCUCCCAUGUUCAGAUGAAACUCUUGUUUUCAAAAGGGUAACGGUUUGGUUUCUCCUUCCCACGUCCCUCCCAUGGUUCAUGAGGCUCUGAGAUUGAGAAAUACUUUGCAGUUGACUAGGAUUUACAUUUUAAAUAGUUAGGAACUACCCAGGGUUUUUUGUUCUUUUUUUUUUUUUUUUAAGCAUUGAUUUAAAAGAUGCACGUAAAAGAUACCUGUCUCACAGCAAAGAUCCCAGUUACGUUACCCAGAUUGUUCUCCGUUCUUUUUCAUAAGCUAAUACAACUCUGAGGUUUUUUUUUUUUUUUUUGAGUGCGUACGUUUGCCACACCGUGUGGAUUCCGCUUAAUGUAACUUCUUUUGUGCUUAAGCAUUUGCUUGCAUGACUAUUAGUGCUUUGAGGUCAAUUUAAAAAAUGCACAAGUUAUAAAUACAGAAGAAAGAGCAACCUACCAAACCUAACCUAACAAGAACCCCCCCCUCCAAAUUUUCCUACUAAGACUGUGUGUGGAUUUCAGUUCUGCUUUUUCUGUAAGUUGAUCCAAACAUCUGGAAGAAAAUGACUAAAACUGUUUGCAUCUUUGUAUGUAUUUAUUACUUGAUGUAAUAAAGCUUAUUUUCAUUAACAA